AGUUCUUGGUGUUGGUUCCCGCUCCUGACUCCUAGAUCCUGAGUCUGUAGAUCGUGGACGUCGUUGUAAGCUCAACCAGCUAUCUGAGUCUGGUGGAUGCAGGAUCGCCCACGCGCACCCCGACACAAGUUUUGCAACAAACAACGUGGAGAAAGCCGGGCACCUUCCAACCAUUCCUGAUUCUGGCUGUGGAGCGUGGUACACCUACGUUACGAGUACGGCGAAGAUCGUAUUGUAAAGCAGUAAAGGCUGAUUGGUUGCCAAAGAAAUCAUAACAACCGAUUGAGUUUCUCGAUCGCCGACUUGCUAACAUAGUAACAGCCUUUCUACAAGUACAAGGUACCUGGUUACUAGUAGUUGUGGGUGUGAUUUUUUUGCCUGUGACCUCUGUGCUGGUGACGGUUUGAAAGAGAACUUUACGACUACGAGUCGAUACUACAUGUACUGGCGGCUAGCUAGCCUAGUGAAGUUGUAACACUGCUGACUAUGGCGGCGAUCUCAAUCCAGAGGAAGAUACCAGCGGUGUCUGUACUGCUUGUGGCCUUGAUGGUUGGCUCGGCGAGCGCCCGGAAUCCUGGAAUAUCUCUCCGAUUGUCCGAGGCGUUCUUCUCCUACUUGUUGAAGGACUUUGCCAGCCCUCUAGUUCAAGAGAAAAUUGGCUCUGUGAAGAUACCAGAUCUGACAUCGCAUAUCCCCUAUAUCAACACGGAUAUCUAUCUGACAGACCUGACGUUGGACCCGAACACGUAUCGCCUGCAUCCCUCCUCCUACCUCAUCCCCAACACGAACUUGACAGGCCUGGAGGCGUACGUCGGUGUCUACAUCAACGGCAACGGCCACUGGAAGACGCGCACGCGCUGGUGGCCACACAUCUCCGAGUCCGGCAGUGUUCACUACAACACUAACCCGAUGUGGGUCAGGGUCGCUGUUUCCAUGCACCCGGGCAGCAACGGGAUCUGGAACUUCACUCUGUUGGAGGCUGGUGCAGAGAGCAACCUGGAGAUCAAGUUUACUGGAGAUGGGAUGAGUGGAAUCGACGUCGGUGCAUUGCGCAAGGACAUCAACAAGGAUGCCAGUGAGGCGGCGUCGGGAGAGUUGACUUCUCUGAUCAGUACGUUCCUGAGUGAUCUGACUCCCAUGCUGAAAAAGUACCUUCCAUACAUCUCCUACAAGAACUGCACGCGAUUCGGCAUUCCCGGCUGCCAAGACUUUGCGCUCAACCUGUCGCUGUCCAGCCCCGGAAUCUGGAAGCAGUACUGCUCGGCAGAAGUGCAGCUAAAUGGAUACUUGCUGUACAAAGGCCAUGCGUUCCUGCCGACGCCAGCCCAGCCGUUCCCAGUGCAGCAAGGCUGUGGUCCGCAUGACAUCUCUCUCUUCCUCUCCGGCGGGACAUUCAGCUCUCUUGUAGCUGCCAUCCUAGCGAGCGGACUGGUGCACGGAAACUUCCCAACGAAUAAAUUUGCAGACGACGCCUACUAUGAUCAAUACGUCCCACAGCUGAAGAAAUUUGGCCACUUACCAAUCUAUGCCAACUUGUCCCUGCUCAACAGUAGCAUGGUGAUCACGGCUAACGAGAUGAGGGUACAGUUCGGAGCAUCGUUCAACGUCCUCAUUGACACCACCCCGUCGCAGCUGCUGCCGGAGAAGAAGUUCGAGGAGGCAUUUGACAUGGUGAUAACGUGCACAGUGGGCAUGACGGCAUGGCUGACCAACAUCUCCACUCCGGAUGGCAUGAUGGCGUUGCUGUCACUCAACUUCUCCACAGCAAGGGUCGAUGGCGUGGAGCUACACAAUUCCACUGUCGGCGAUGUCGAUAUGGGGAAAGUGCAUGCAUUGAUGCAACAGUUGAUGAGCUCCGCAUUCAGCAACGCUGAUGAAUUCAUGGCCAAGGGUAUCCUGAUCAUACCCAAUCACCUCAAGAACGUAUCGCUGCGCCACCCAACAUUGGUGAUUGGGGAGGGCUACCUGGAGUUGGCCAUGGAUGUGGGUGUGUACAACAACACAGCAUUGCCAAAAUCCGCACACGGCCAACAGCUCAGCGAGGAUCAGCUACUGGCAAUGGAGAAAGCAGUGUCUCGCAUCGACCCGGACAAAGUGCCGCGCACAGCGCCCGGCGCCCUGGAGGCGGUGAUCGACGGCCUGCUGGAAAUGGGCGUUCUCAUCGGAAACCGAGCCAAAGAGUCGCUACUGAUGUUCGCACAGGGACCUUGAUCGUGCACGUACCGUCAUUCUCCAUGGGUAGCGCGUCUAUUGACCACAGUUAGGUAGAGAG